CCGAUAUGCCAUCCUUUCAACCCCACCACAGCCACGACGACACCCAUCCCGCCGGCGCCGCCGAUCCCCUGCUCUCCGACGAGUACACCAUCGCUCCGAUUGAACCCGCCGGAAAUCAAGGAUCGGCGCCACUGCCGCUCCUUUUGAAGGCGGAGCAAUCCGAUAACAAUUCGGCCGGGUCGGGUCGGGUUGAACCGCCGCCUGCGGCGGCGGUGGCGAGGAGAUCGACGAAAGACCGCCACACGAAGGUGGAGGGCCGCGGCCGGAGAAUCCGGAUGCCGGCGGCGUGCGCGGCGAGGAUAUUCCAAUUGACGCGUGAGCUAGGGCACAAAUCCGACGGCGAGACAAUCCGGUGGCUACUGGAACGGGCGGAGCCGGCGAUAAUCGAGGCCACCGGCACCGGCACCGUGCCGGCGAUCGCCGUCUCCGUCAACGGAACGCUGAAAAUUCCGACGACCGCCGCCGCCGACGCCGAAACCUCCCGGAAACGGCGCAAGAGGGCUUCCACCAGCGAGUUUUGCGAGGCUGGUGAAAAUUCCAAUUUUGCCCCCGUCGCACCCGUUGCUCCACAAGGGUUAGUUUCGGUAUUUCCUACCGGGACAUUUUUCAUGAUUCCUCCUACCGGCGGCGGCGGCUCUUCCGCCGCGCCGUUGACUCAGCAGCACUUCUGGGCCAUACCCGCCGCCGCGACGCCAGUUUACAACGUCGCCGCGCGGCCAGUAAGUAGCUUCGUCAGUUUCUCCGGCGGCGGCGGCGGAAGCGGGGAGAACGAAUCGGAGCCGAGCCACGUCAGCGGGAGCCGCGAAAAAAUGAAGGUAUCAGAAGCCGGUACAAGCGCCGAAGCAAGUGGUACAAGUAGUGCAGCGCAGAUGCUGAGGGACUUCUCUAUGGAGAUUUAUGAGAAAAGAGAGCUUCAGUUUAUGGUUGGGAAUUCCGACAAAGCCUCAUCUCCGAAGCCCUGAAGAAGACGAUGGUACCAAGGGUCCGGGACUCGCUAGGGUUUUGCACCAAUCUGUUUUUUUUUUUUUUUUUUUUUUAAUAAAUUUCUAUCCAUUUCUUCCAACAAAUUGGAAUCUAUACAAUUUUGUAAUUAUUCUCGAUAAAUGUCGGGGAAAAAAUGCAAUCAUAUUAAAUUUAAUAAUUACUAUA